AUGAUUCACAGUGGCCAGCGUGGGGCGAGUUGUGGCCAGGGCUCCGCGGUGGUGCGCUACUUCGUUGAGGGUAACCAGUAUGGGCCGCAAUGGGGGUUGCGCCGCGUGGUGCUAGGGUUGAGGGUGGAGACUGUGAGAGUGGAGUUUGCAAUGCAGAGGAAGGAAGGGUGGAAAAGGCGAAGGCGUGGUAGGGUGAUUUGGGGGUUCGACUCCGGUGAGGGGAGAAGCGGGGUUAGUGGCGGUGAGGGGUCAGGCGCGGUGGCCCGGUGGUGGUUCGACCAUAGUGACCCCGAGCAGCUGUUCACUAUGACUAUAGGUGAAGCAUAA